AAGAAGAUGAUGUACAAAAAAUUGUUUAUUUUUUAUUGAGAACUGAAUCUGAAUUUUCAAGAAUGGCAAAUAAUGACUUCAUAACUCCCAGUCUCAUAGAUCAGUUAAGACGUUUAUUAGAACAGUAUUCAUAUGAUCAGAUAUUGAAGGAAUUGAUUCAGAAUGCUGAAGAUGGUGGUGCAACAAAAAUUAAUUUUGUAUUUGUACAGAAACAACACACACCAAAAAAGGUUAAAUGGAAGAAUUCACCAAUUUUAUAUGCAAUGAAGGGACCUGCAUUAUGUGUUAUGAAUGAUGGAAUGUUUAGUGAUGCUGACUGGAAAGGCAUUGCAUCUCUUCAAGGUAGUCCCAAGGAAAAUGAUCCACUUAAAGUUGGACGAUUCGGAUUAGGUUUUAAAUCUGUAUUCCAUAUAACUGAUAAUCCAGUGAUAAUAAGUGGAUUAAAAUUAAUGGUUAUGAAUCCUCAAGCAGAGACAAAGAGUGCACCAGUCUUUGAUCUUAAUGAUUUGGAUCGAGAAAAUCAGAUGGCUAUGUUAAAUCUGGUGGAUGGGAUCUGUGGAUUUUCUGAGGAAACAUUCCAGAAUGGUUAUCAAGGUUCUCUGUUUUGGUUUCCACUGCGUUCUGAAGUGUCUGAGUUGUCGAGUGAAACUUAUGAUGAGAGAAAAAUCAAAGAUAUCUUUAAUGGGUUCAAAUUGCUAGCUCCUUCUAUUCUUCUAUUUCUAAAAGAAAUUGAAUCUAUCGAACUUUUUGAAAAGAAAAACCAGUUAAAGAAAUUGUUGGAAGUCAGCUUAGUAGGUGAUGAAGAUGAUAUGAUCAAAAUUCGUACAAAAAAGAGAGAUUUUAGAAAAGAAAUUCAGAAUUUUAAAGGAAAACUGGCACCUUCGGCAGUGCCCCUGAGUUCGAAAUUUCGAGUCCGUUGUAAGGGAUUUGCAUGGAUGGAACAUUCGGCUACAGAAGAAGAUUGGGUUGUUGUUGAUUAUUACCAGGGUGAUGGUGGUACAUCAGAAUUAAAAAAUUUCUUUCAAAGUAAUCCCAAUUGGUCAAAUAGUCCUUACGUUAGUGUUGGGGUACUAUUGUCUAAACAAGUUAUUUCAGGAAACAUUUAUUGUUUCCUUCCACUACCAUUUACAAAAGGAAAUAAAACAGCACAGAUGAGGAGAAGCACAGUUUAG